AGAAAGUUCGAUACUCUGGCAACGAUUUGUUUAGUCGAUAAUACUUCAUGAACAGCAACUCUAAUUAACGAUGGCUUCUUCAGAGAAGACGACAGUUGAAAGUGAUACCAAUUUUCUCAACAAAAUUUUCAACCGUGAGAUUCAUGGUUCAGACAGAUGUCACAGAAAGGCAAGACCACAAAGGUUGUUCAAGAAAAUCCCCAAACGACUUUGCUACAGGCUGUCAUCACUAAUUCCUGCAGCAGUUCUUGAAGCUGAAGGGUAUGUAUUCCUUGGAUUUACCAAGUGUGGUCAGUUUGUGGUAUCGUACACAUGUCAGAUGGAUGCAGAGGAGCGGACUGGUCUGCCCUACUACAUGUACAAACUUCAGUGGUGGUGGUUUGUGCCCAACAGGCCUCUUGUUAAGGUGUCUGAGGUGCAGCUAUUCGGAGAGCAGGAGAUACUGUGUGACCUCUAUAUCCUCUUCUGUGAGUGGCCAGAGGAUAGGACUCAGGUUGUCGUGUUUGGACACAGUUUCCCUGGCCGAGAACAGGAAAGUUGCCAGUGUUACCUGACUGUGACUGCCAUCCCCUCCCUGGCACCCUGCAGGGCAUGCUCUGACCUACACACAGGUGCAGAUGAGAGGGCUCUAUGUCUGAAGCACAGUUUCUGUCUACAUACCAAAUAUGAGCUCACGCCACCAUUCCCAGUAUUUUUUCCCCGGGUCCAAUUAAAGUGUAACGGUCAAGUGAUCCUCAACACAGGUGAUUCUAUAGUUUCCUUGCAUGUUGACAUGGAUGGGAUAGAUUCCAAACCCAAGGGACCAUUCAACGAUUCAUCAGUAUUAAAGGUUAAGGAAAGUCUUGUUACUGACAAAAAUAAGGAGACGGUUUGUACUUCGCCAGAGCCUAACAAGGAGUUUGUGUGGAGUGCCGGUGCUUUGAAUAUAGUGCCUUUGACACUUGAGAGUCCAACAUCAGAUCCACAGCCCACUAGCUCUAAGAGCGAACCUGCUGAAAAUGUGGAUCCAACAUGGACUUCGAGAUUGGACACAGAAUCUCAAAAAGAAAACACCUCAUAUAAUGCCCAAGACAUGAAAUUGGAAAGAAUCAAAAGCCCACCUAAGUCCCCUAAAAGCAAUCUGUCUCAAAAUCAAAAGAGUGUUGUAUCUGCUUCAGAGAAGUGGUUUGAAGGCAUAAAUCUACCUCAGUUAAACAGCGCAGGAAGUCAGAGUGUGUCCUCCCAGAUGCCCUCACCGAGACGAGUGCGGACGCCAUCGUCAGAGAUUCACACAAAAGACUUGUACAAUUUUGACUCUGAUGAUAGUGAGGACAACAGCUAUAGCUUCAUGUGCCCGACCAGUGUGCCCAAGGUCACACUAAAGGCCAAGUCUCCUAGUGGACCUGACCUUCAUACCCACCCACACAACCUUGUGAUAUCCCCAAGUGUUCACAUACAGCGCCAACUUGCAUUUGGUGUUAGCAAAACUAGUCCAUUGCUCAACAAUAGUCAAGCCUUGAAUUGUCUUUCAGUGGGCGAGAGCCCAAAAUUGACAUUUGAACAGGUCCUGUCCAAUCGCGGGAUCCUAAAUGUGCAGCGCUCAUUUUUCUCUCCAAGUAACAGUGAGAACAGUUAUGGAGGCACGAGCAGCAGUGCAGACAGUGUGAUAGUGCAGGUGAAUGACGCUCGCACCAUUACACACUCUUGGAGAAAGUUCUCAUACCAUGGAGACACCGCUGUAGACUCAACACUAGUCAUUGAAGAUGACUUUGACCUGUCGUACAGAAGUGUGUUGCCAGCUGAGGUGCGGGGCACCAAGAACAGACCUCUCUGUCUAAGUCUCGACCCCUCCAAUGAUGGAAACAAGGAGCAGUUGUGUGUGAAGCAGCUGACGUUUGACAUCGAGCACUACAUGGAAGAGGCUAUACGUAGUUCUGCCCCCUGGGAACACCGCUAUAUAGCAUUCACAAACUAUGACCUACAGAUUCUAGAUGUUUACAUGGAUAGGAAUGAAGUGUUGGCCAAAGUGUUUGCUCUGAUAUCCGCAAAGGAAGAAACCAAACAGAAAAAAAUCUACAAAAGGAAAGGCCAGGAGAAGUUAUAUCAGACCAGUUUUACAUUUGAGGUCAACAUUCAGUCAGGUGUAUAUGAGACUCUGGAGAUUGAAGACCUGACCUUAGUUGAUGAGAAGGACCUCAGAGGGAGGGAAUGGAAGCCAGGGUUUCGUGAGUGUGCAAUGCUAAGGAGACAUGUGUUUGUUCCCCAGUCAGCCAAACGUAGCGUCCAUGUACUCUCCAAUGAGGCUGUCUUCAAGGGAAAGUCCCUCCAGAUGAUUUUGUUUCCAGAACACUACACGGCCCUAGUGUUGUAGGAAGGAAGAAAAUCACUACUGAGCUGUUAACAGCAUCAUGGAAUGGAGUUCCCUAAAUAGGAAUAUAAGUUAGAGUCUGUCACUGUCAUGUACACUGUUCCUUGAAAAGAGUAUUUCACUGGAAGUUUAUUGCAUUGUUAAACUGUUUGACCAGCAUGCAAAAGAGAAGUUUGUUAACAUUAAAAAUGUGAGGGAACAAUUGAUGGUUUGAUUAUGAUUGUUACCUUUCAAUGUAUUAUGCAUCAUGAUUUGUAGGCAAAGGUAUUAUAUAACAAAAAUUGCUGUAUUGGUCUUGUAUCCAGAAGAAUAUGAAUACAAUAGACACUUGGAAAACUGUGAUUUAUAGCUUAGAUGUUGUCUGUGUUCAAUUUUGUAUUGUAAUUAUGUUAAGUUCAGGUUUUAUUUUCAUUAGUCAUUAGUUUGUUCAUUCAAUAUUCAUUACCAGGUUUUAGUUAUGCUACUAAUAUUAUUUUAAGUUUAUCUGUUUUUCAAAGAAGAAAACAUUGAGACAUUGUCAUAGCCUUGGUGUCAUUGCUGGAAUCAUUGUGCACAAUCUGAAACCUUGGCCAAAACUCAAACACUUAGUUUCAAGACCUUUAAAUUAUAUUUGGUACACCUGGUCCCUUGGAUCUAAAGGCUCAAGCCUGGAAAUUUCUAGGCGUAAUCACAUUUUUCUGCCCGUAACUUUAUAGGUUCUCUGAGCACUAUUAAGCAGUGUUAGAUGAUCUACUUACAUAUCUUUUUGAAUCAGGGCCCAGGAUAACUGAGACAAUAUGUUCAUGUAUAUCAAUGCCCAUAAUAAUGGUUUUAAUAAUUGUCAAGUAAUUCCCCUUGUUUGACUGAAAAACAGACGAGCAUUUGUGUAUGCUCUGCAGGAAACUAGUUUUCUUUUUAACUAAGUUUUACACAUUAAAUCCAUCUUUUUGUUUAUUUUUAGAAUCAUCACCUGUGAUAAUAACUUCACCUUCGUCAAAAGUAUUGAUAUCAUUUUUGCAUGUCCUGUGGUUGUUUAUAAUGCAGGUUCAAAGAAAAUAAAUUCCAAGGAAAAAUAU